AUGAUUUCGUAUUCAGUAUGGCAGUUUAGAAUGUUGAAUCUAUUUUGGUUAAGAAUAGCGUGUUUUACUUUGCCUCAAGGCCCCGCAUCGGCAAUAACUGGUAAGUCAAAACUUUUAGCUAUAGAUUUGUUGUUUAAAUAACAAUUUUAUGUACUUUAACGUGUUGACUGUCAUCGUUUAAUUCAUCGUUAUUUUGGUAACAGCCAAAAAGGCAUUGCGAUACCUCAACUAGUAUUGAGCUCGUAUUGUUUUGCGGAUGGCAUAAACUAUCUCUUGUAUAAACUUUUUUUGAAACGCUUUUAGAGAACAUUGUUGGACAAUUGUUGGACUAUGAAAGCUUCGGCAUAAUAGGCAUGGAGCUAAACUAUCCACCGUUUAAGAUUUCACAUAAAGGAUGGAAAGUUCAUAAUAAAUUUGAUGAUUCGAUAAGGGAGGAUUGCUAUCAAAGAGCUUCAUUAAUAAUGAUAUUAUAAACUGUUUUGAUAUCAUCCUUGUACUAGAAGGGCGGGGUCCAUGGGUGUGGUGUCAGUCAUUUGAAAUUUGCGACUUUUGAGCUGUGCAAUUUUGUUGUUUUUUUUUUUAACACCUGUGGUUGCAGUUUUGUAGUAGCACUUCAAUGGUAGGGAAAGAAAAUUUCCAGAAGUACAAAAGUAAUUCCGCUUUCACGCCUCUGAGUAGGACCACUAUUGUAGUUCGAAAAAUAUCAGCAUCACGUUUAUUAUCAUGCGCAAAUGCUGAGAAAAACAUAUGAUGAUGGUGAUAAACAUGCACACAUAGCAAUGAUUGGAUAUGUUUACAUUGUUGAUGAUGAUUGUUGUUUGUUUUCUGCAAUACUUUAGGGCAACAAAGUUAAACGCCUUUUCGAUUUCGGAGGUGAAGUGAGAGCCUAAGUAUAUAUUGGGUAUUUCCGAUGAAAUCGAAGUUGCGACGAUCGUUUAUGAUGAAGCCACGAUCUUAGUGGUUAAAGCGAUGAUCUCAUACCCAUUUUAAUCAAGUUGCUCAUUUCUCUCGUUUCCGUUAUUGUCUUGGUUGCGCUGAGUUGCCUAGUUGGGUUACCAACCAAAAAAAUUUAUUCUUGAUAUGCGACGACGUCAUCUGAAAAAUCGACGAAAUGAUGGAAAUUGAUUUCCGCAGGUACCCAUACGUGCCAAACGUUCAAUUGAGAUGAGGCAUCAUGAUAAACUAAAAGUCGCGUGGGUAAAAAUGGGACCGGUCAUCCUCCUAAUUUGAUUUAACUGAGUCCAUGGGAUUUGCGACAAGAGCAUGUAAGGCUAAAUAAAUAACGCAGAAUGGCCUCUUAACUUUUGAGUUAUAUGGCACAGCGCCAAUUAACAAGCUUUAACAGGAGCAUACCUAGGGGAAAAAAACCUCUUUUCCUCAAAACGUUUCAUAACUUUCUAGAGAACCGUCUUUCAAAGAUGAAACUUAAGAAAUGGUAAACGUGCAGCGUGCAACCAUGGAGUUAUGGAUGCACACGGGAGGUUGCUAAGCACGAAAGAAGCGUAAGAGUCGUACGAGGCGAUAGCCGAAUGCGACUCUAGCUUCUUGAGUGCUUAGCAAACCUCCCAAGUGCAUCCAUAACUCCAUGGUUGCACAGCUGCAACGUUUACCAUUUCUUUCAUAACAUAAUCAAAAGAGAAAAACAUUAUUUUCCAUUUGCCUUCGGUUGAGUCAUCGGUCCGAGUUCAUGUAUGGUGACAUCUGCCCGCGCGUAAACAAAUCAUGUUCUAUGUUUUUCAAAAACUUGCCUUUGAGUUUUUCUUUCGCUGAAUCAACCGUUCUCCGUCCUCAGGUAAAUUGCAAAACGUUUUUCGUUGUUAUUCUGAAUGGCAUCUGUCUACUUGCUCUUAAUAUUAGGGUAAAAACUUUGAGGGAAAACUAUAGCUGCAACUAUAAACACCAACUAAAAGGACUCUAAAAAAUAAGCUAAAACUAAAUAAAUGAAAUAAUUAUCAAGCUUAUUUAUGUGACAAUUUUUGAAAUAAACGCAAAGUAGAAAUGAGAAAAUUUGACUGUAAUUCCUUUAGAAUAACAGGUAACACUAAUUUUAAAAAGAAAUUAACUAGCUUUGUAUCGAAAUCUGUCUGGGGAAAUCCAGCUAUGAAAGUGAAAGUUGAAACUGAAAUUCGCCGACACACAGCCGGCGCUGAAGCUGUUGUUUUUCGACCGUUCUCCGAACGACUGUUAUGAAUGAACACUGAGGAACAAAAUAAUACACACAGAAGUUAUUUUUUGAAAAAUUUAUUUGAAAACCCAAAUGUUUCUGUACUCAAAUGAAAUUCGCUUAUUCCAGCGUUAUGUGCCCGUUUAAACUCAACUAAAAUUUUUAAUCGAUGCGAUGAAAACUUCACAACAAAGCUGUCUCGAAUUUGAGCGUGUUUCCUAAAAUAUUUGCUUGAAUUUAGCAUCAGCUUGACCAAAAAGUCAAUAACACAAUGCUAAUUGAUAAUUUUCCUUUCCAAACAGACUUUCUCUUCUAUAAAAAACACACAAAAUGUACCUUAAAUCUUCGCUCGCUCGAUUUUCCUUCAGCAGAUUUUAGCCGCGAGGAAAACAGUGAUUCAUUCAUCCAGGGCAAAUUUGUCGCUUGAUCUUUUGUCUUUUUUCCUUCAAAACGACAGCUUAGUAUUUUCUUCAACUUCCACUUUUCAUCUGUGCAUUUCAUCGGUGUAUUUUACCGUCAGGAGAGGAGAUUUGUUGAAUUUGCCUAAAUUUUACCGCGCUAGCUCAGUUUCUUAGCGUGCACCCACGGGAAAAUGGUAGUGGCUGACUGACCAAUCAGAGCGCGCGAUUUAGUUUUGUUAUGUUAUAAUUCUAGUUUCCGUCAGUCCACGUCAGUGUUGUAUGAAUGUUCAUGUUUUUUCAGAUACAGAAAGUCAGACAAUAGAGGAAGGAGGCAAUGUCAGCCUUACUUGUGGAGACCGAAACCACUCUUCCAGUACCGUAUUGUCCUGGAGCAAAGACGGCGAAGAUGUGCUUGUUAACAUUACCUCUUUUAAUCAGUCCAUGCUAGUGUUGUCUAAUCUUGAGAGAAAUGGCAGUGGCUUGUACGUUUGUACAGCUAACUCGUCUGUGGUAUUGAGAAGAGUAAGGCUCACUGUCAUGAAAGGUAAGAAGUGAAAACAGUAACCCCAAAAGAUUUGAGCACUGUUCUCUUUCAAGGACACACGCGUCUCUUCACACAACUUGACCGGAUUAUGAUACUGAACUACUUGUAACUGGGAUUAACGAUAAUGAAUUACUCGUAACCGGGGUUAACGAUUCGGUAAGGUAGUGUAAUGCAUGCUCAAUAUUGGGGAGACCACUCUAAUUGCUAAAAAACGAUCGACCUUCCUAAGUUAUUGGAUAUGGCUUCAGUUUCCUCAGUGUUAUAUUAUAGGCUAUAUAAGAACCUUGAAAGGAAUCCCUGAAAUGCAAUUUGUUCUGCCAAAUUCUGAAUAAGUCGGACUAUAAAGGGAAUUCAUCAGAAUGGCCGGUCUAAGGAAGGGAAUUUUGAGUAAACAGACGAAAGGUAAGCAACGGCGGGGUAGAAGACUCUAGCGGUGAGAAAUGAAAGGUUAUAUUAUUUUGUUAGGUGGGGAAAAUAUCAACUAAUAUGGUAAUAUGUGACUAUACCAAGGUAACAAAGUCGUUUCAUUUUAGGCUAGCAGAUAACAUAGGCGCAUAUUAAUGAAUUAUUAUUUUUGUUUUAAUUUGUUUAUGUGGCAGGAUACGGGACGGCGCUGCCUAUUUCCCAAUUAAUUUAGUUGCCCAUUGGUAACCAAGCCUUAUAAAAAGUGUUAUAAAAAUGGUAGCGACCGUUUACGAAAGGGACUACUAGGUCGGCGUUACUCACAGGUCUCCACUGAGUCACUUGUGUCCAGAAAUGCAUAUAACUCGCACAUGCAGAACUUCAUAUUAGACGUAAUAAAGUGUAAUUCCAUACAACGCCAUUUCUCUUUAGGGUUAGGGCCAUGAGGAAACCUGGUGAUGUCCAUCAUAAAAAGCAUGAAUAUCGUAAGUGUACAUUUAAAUACAGUGAAACCCCGCCUCACGGGCACCUCGUUAUUACGGCUACUUUUUUUGGCUGCCUGGCAAAACGGCCAUACUGUAAAAAAAACCCUCGUUAAUACGGUCACCUCUUAAUACGGCCAAAUUUGUUUGGCCCAUUGGUGACCGUAUUAACGGGGUUCCACGGUAGAACCUAUUAUUCACCAUACCCGCCAUCUUUGAACGCGCUUAAAGAACUGAGGGGAUAAAAGCAAAACUUGACCGUGAUUACUCCUAUUGGCAAAUUUUAAUACAUGUUUGCCCUCUGAGAAACCACGUGAAAUUGCUCUUUUCCCAUCCAUACUGAAGCGCCUGCAAAGAUGGUGGGCAUCAAGAAUAAUAAGGUCUAUUCUGGUCAUAACUUGAUCAACGUUAGUUUCAAUUUUUAGAUGUAACACCAGUACAAGAGGAAACAGCCACACCACAGAAAGGACUGACACGAGUGGAUAUCAUUGCUAUUAUCCUUGGGCUUGCCCUUACCGCCUUCCUAGUUGUCUCAAUAUUACUGUUGCUGUAUCGAGCAGAAAAGCGUCGCAAAAAGACGAAAUACGUGGAUAGGUGGCAAGUUGAUAUACAAACAAAUGUGAGUAGAGACUACUAGAGACCAGAGAAGAAAAACAAACCACAAAUUCAGAAAUUCGGAAAUGCAGUACCUAACCCUCCCAAGGGCGCCAGAAAUUUUAACUAGUGUAAAGUACUAGACAAAAAUUUUAACCUCAAGGGUGAAAAUGUAGCCAAAUAGCUUUAACUGGUUUAAAUUAGACCAACCUCUGAAUCAGCAAGAAGCCCAAGCUACCAAACUACACAGUAUUGCUCGGUAUCACCGUAUGGCUAUACUUCCACGAUGAUAAAAGGAGGCUAAAGCACGACUCUGACGACAACGGAAAAGUCAAAAAGCAAUAGGUUUAAAAGGGCAUCACAAUCUUUUCUACUACAAAUGUCUUUGCCGUCACUGCUUGGCUACGACAGGAAACUUCCUAAUAUUUCAUGUUUUGUAGGGGACUACUCUCAAUUAAUUAAGACGACGCCUCUUCUCUUUCUGAAGUCAGUUAAAAGGAAAAUAUCGGCUAAAAUUGACAAAUUGAAGCCGAAUUAUUGUUUCAAAUUUUUGAAGAAAUGUUUGUAAGUGCUAUCGUUUUCGUAGUGUUAAAUCAGAACCUCGACGACGGCAACUAAAGAGAGAGCUCCUGCGAAGUUACUAUACCGUAAAUGAUCGAUUGAGCGCCGCGGCACUAAUUUCAUUUUCCCUAUUAAAGGUGCGGCGCUUAUUCGAGAACGGCGCUUAGUUCAUCUACUGGUAAAACACUGGGGGCAAAAAAGAGAGAAUUACUUGAGGCGCCUACUAGGUAUGCACAAUUUAAUAUAAAAUGAUUUCGAAUGAAAUACAAGAGGUAUCAUGAACACAGUUUCUCGGUCUCAGUGAAAGUAUUGCUGCUCAAAUAUUAGAGGUAACAUGAACACAGUUUCUCAGUCUCUUUGUGAAACAAAGGUGGGGCGUUUAUUUGUGAAUACCCAAAUUAGCCUCGCGUCGCUUAUUAAUUAUUUUCGGUAAAUGAGCGGUGCUAAUUCGAGAGCAGUGCUUAUUCGAGUAGCGGCGCUUAAUCGAUCAUUUACGGUAAACACAUCACUUAGUGUUCCUCUAGAUUAACUUGUUUUCGUAAAACACUCUUCAGGAAAACAUGUCGGUAGGAGAAGAACCUACAAGAAUCCCGCCAUCUCGUCGUGCUUUCUUCAUGAGGACUGGGCGAGAGCUAAACAGACCACCACCGCCUUACAGAAAACCAACGAGUCAAGUCACCGACAGAUAUGGCACAAAAUAUGGAGUUGACGAGAAUGCAAACGAAAACAACAACGAUAGAAUCUUGCAGUGGCGAUUUACAGCUUAUUUGUAA